AUAAUAGUGAAACUUCAUAUACACAAUUAUUAAAUGAAUUUAGUGAAAUAAUUCGUUUGGAAAUUCCAGAUUUAUUGCAAGCACCACAUGGUGAACAUAUAUUACAUUCUGUGGGUUAUGUUUAUUCAUCAAAAUCACGUUCUUGGUUAAAUAAAAUGGAUUCACAAGAAGGUCAUAUUGGUAAACGUAUAUUAGGUUAUGGUAAACAUAUACAAUCAUCAUGGAAAGAUCGUGUACAUGUUGUUAAAGAAACUUUUAAAACAGUUAAAUGUGCUGUUCAAUGGGGUCAAUCAAUGUCGAAAUUAGCUCGAAUUGCUGAUGAAGAAUCAAAUAAUGCACAAGAUGAUAAUGAUUCUCAAUAUCCAUUUCAACAUCAUUCAGGUCAUUUAGAAUACAGUGGGUAUAUUCCACCAGAACCAAUUGCUUCAGCUUCAGCUUUACCUCCACAAUCAAAUAUAAAUGUAACAGUACCAGUAAAAGAAAAAUCACCACGUAAAUCAUCAGCAAAAUUAAUUGUACCAUUAACAGAUGAAGAAAAACGUAAACUUGAAGCUGAUACAGCUACGAAAUCAAUGGAAGCACUUUGGCAUGCGAUUAAACUUGAAAUUGAAAGUAUCGAACGUGAUGUUUGCGAUCGAGUACUCAAUGAUUCAUCAUGUUCACGUAAUAUUCGUCGAUAUCGUUGUUUAGCUCUUUCAAAAAUCGGUGAACUAUGGCAAGAAGCAUCAUCAUCAUCAUCUGCUUCGUCAUAA